GUCGCUGGCGAUGGCGCUGCAAUCCAUUUCCGGCUCCGCGCUUGAUAUCCGUGCGAUAGAGCCUUCCCUAGCGGGUGAUGACGGCGGCAGCGAUAUCAACGCUGACGGUGACGUCAGCCUCGCCGUCACGCCGCGACUGACGCCGCCGAGGCCCCGCGACUUUGGCACGCCAUCACCGGCGGCGGAAGCUCCCUCCCCAGCCUCCUCCGCAACCACCUACGCCAGCGCCAAUGGAGAGUCUUCCGCUGACGCCGCUGCAGCGACGCCCGCUAGCGCGGACGUCAGCGGCGGUAGCGGCGGCAGCUCAUCCCCCAGCACUGACGCCAGCCCCGCUUCCAAUUCCUCCUGGCUGGAGGCGCCGGGACGCCUGCCGUCAGACGACGACAUUGCCGGCUAUCUUGCAGCCCGCAAUGGCGGCUCCGCGCUCAGCCCCGUCGGCGCCGUCACACUCGCUUUCCAGAGCGCCCUGGCGGUGUUAACGCAGCACUUCAUCGCGCUGUCAAGGCAUUCGGCGAACGAAACCGAGGCCCGUCGUGCGGCAGAGCGACGCGCCGACGCGGCGGAGGCGCUGCUAGGCGCGGCGGUGACGGAGGAGCGGGAGCGCCGCAUGCGAGCAGAGGCCCGGGCUGAGGCGGCGGAGGCGAUGUUGCUUGGGGCGGAGACGAGGUUGGCCGCGGCUGAGGAGUGGAUGGAGGCGACGGCGGGGGUGGUAGACGACUAUCACCGAGCCGAGGAGACGGGGCUCAGCUCGGGGAGCUACAGCUAUGGCUUUGAGCAGCAGCAGUACGAGAAGUCGGCAGCUGCAUCGGCUGGUCAGGGGAGGAUGAAGGAGGAUGAGGAGGAGAAACUUGAACGGCAGCAGGAGCCGCUAACGGGCCAGCAGCUGUACGAGCGGUUUAAUGAGGAGGACAAGGUGGAGCGUGAGGAGGUGAAUGAGGAGGAGGAUGGUGCAUGGGUGUAUGUACCGGACUGUGAGCCCGCUGCGGCCUCCCUCCCGCCCGCCUCAGCCUCCGUCGCUCCCGCCGCCGCCGCUGCGGCUGCCGCUGUUGAUGCAGCGACGUCUGCUGCUAUGUCGCCUGCCAACGGUGUUGAGCUGGUUGCUGAGGUGGCGGAGGCGGCGGCGGCGUUGGCUGAGCAGAUCCCCGAGGAGAGCGACGAGGAGGCUAUGGAGCAGGAGGCGCGGUAUGAAUUGUGGGACGUGGAGUCAACACCUUCGGAUGAGGCCGUAGAGGAGCAGGUGGUAACGACCGAGGCGCCGCAGCCAGCACAGCUUCAGCUCCAGGCCCUGCUGCAGCAGCAGCCACUGCCAUUGGCACUGCAUUCCGACGACGAGACGGAUGAGGGCGAGUCUGUGGCGGAGGAGGUGGAGGAGCUAGCUGCCAGCGACGAUGGCGACAUUGACGCGGCGGCGGAAGCCCUCAUGCAGCUGCACUUGUCCUCCUUUGAGGAUUUCCCGGCAGCGGCGGAGGCGGUGUCCUCGGGAGUAACGGCGCAGGUAGAGCCGGCGCUGUGGUUUGAUGAGGCGCCUGAGGUGGAGGAGGAGAAGGGGCAGCAGGCAGCCGAAGGUGGCGAGGAGGGCCUCGCCGCCGCAGCAGCGGUGCCGUUCCUACAUGUGAUCGUGCCAGAAGAGGAGGCAGCUAAGGCUGGUGCUGCGGCAACGGCCGAGAAGGAUGGGGACGAGUUCUCUGCGAUGGCGUCUGCGGACGUGAGUGUGAACCCCGUCGCCGCAGCAGCGGCGGUAUCGGAGGUGACGACGGCGGAUGAUGAACCCGUGGCGGAGGCCGCGGCGGCGGCUCCUGCCCUCACCCGUUCGACUUUUCCGGCUGUUGCCGUGCCACCUCAUGCCGUACCGGAACCGGUGGCCUCUGCCUCCUGCAGCAGCCCCAUGGCUAGCACCGCGUCCAACACCGGCAGCAGCAACGGCGGUAACGCCACUCCCGCUGCAGCUUCCGGCGUCAUCACCAGCAACAACAACGACGGCAGCAGCAGCAGCAGCUCCUCCGGUGGCCUGGCGGCCCAACUGGAGGUGAUGGCGGCGCUGUCCUUUGCAGGAACAGGCAGCCGGGAGCAUGAGGCCGAGAGCGCUGCGGGGUUCAACCCCAGCCAGGAAUCUGCGGAUGAGAUUGAAGACGCAGUGCUCGCCGGCGGCAUCAGGCUGCCUGGCGGUGCUGUCGUACUGCUCCGGGCAGGCGUCACCGCCGCCGCCGCUGGUCGCGACCAGGGCAGCGGUGGUGAGGAGGUUACGGACGAGACGUGGCGUGUGCGGUCGCAGCUGGGACAGCGGCAGGAGGAGGAUGCGGAGUCGGAGGGCGAGGCUACGGUGAACCAGCUUGAGGAGGCUGUGGGCACCCCGCCGAGGCAUGGCAACGACCAUCCCGGCUUCGCGGUUCCUCGCGAUGACAACAACAGCAUCAACAACGCGGAUUUUGACGGCGGCUCCAGCUCCUCUCCGGAUGCUCCCUACAGCGCUCCGCCCUCUGGCAUGCGCCCCGACAAGAUGAACUACUACACGCCCUGGUCCAUGCACAGCAGCAACGGCAGUUGCGGCUAUCACCAGGACGUGGGCAGCUGCUCUGGAGGAGGUAGCGGCGGCAGCGUGGGCGGGGAUGCUGGCGCCGGCAGCACUGGUGCAUGCAGCCGCAUCGUCCGCGAUGGCGUGGCGGGUGCUGUUGGGGUGCGUUACUCGCCCCUCCGUCCCAACAGCCUAGCGCAGCUACGUGGCGAGGUGACGUCAACGGCUGAGCCGGUCGUGACGUUGGUGUUGGAUGCGGAGGAGGAUGAUGAGGGUUCGGUUGUGGGGGAGAACUAGAGGGGAGGUGGAGGGUGAGGAUGGAAUGAUGUCUGGCGGUGGAGAAGAUGGGGAGGAUUGAUAGAAGCGUGACUGUUAAGGGGAAUUGCUUCCUUUUGACAGACUGCAGGGGCGAACGCGAACGACUUGACGGCGAACUUGCUGGAUGGGAUGCAUACGUCUUUGCUGUUAAUGACCCAUGGGUCGUUUCUAGUAGUAUGAAGCACCGUAGCCGCAGAUUAUGUAGCAGGUGUCAGCUGCGGGCAAGUGUGCUUUGUUAUUGCGCUGAGGUAUGUGCGCGUGGCGAAAUCAUGCAUAGGUGGCAGGUCUGAGGUGAAAGCUGCUUAGCGUCUAAGCAUUAGGACUGCCAACUUGUAUCAAUAGGUACGUGUCAAUGCCGAUGUCGCCAUGCGGUGUUGCUGCCUAACUACCGUAUCUCGGCGCGGGGCCAUUGCCCAAGCCCCACUAAGGGUGACCGCAUUGCAUAAGAUAUUACCGUCUUGCGUUUAUGUCUGCGCGUGCAUUUUUAUCUGUGCCUGUUCUGUUAGGACGUUUGUGUUCCCCGUUUGGCUUAUGGGCUUCACAGUAGAUCGAGACUACCGGUAUGGCUAAGGCCUUCAUAUGCCCGGCAGGAUGUGUGAGAAGUGGUGGGAAGCCGCAUGCGAGUGGGAGCUUUGCUUCAUCGUGUUAAGGAGCAAUGUGACUUGAUGACUGGCUUACUGAUAUGCAUUAGCUGUCUACUCGACAGGGAUCUACGGUUCGCGGGUAGCAUGUGUUCUUUUCUUUGUCGUUUGCGACGGGUAGUGUCUUGCAUGACAUGUGGACAACAAGUAUCACAGCCGUUUAACCAUGCAACCCUGAGUCAGCAGGGUUGCUGCUUGAAUGGACUAUGUUUUGCAUGUGUGGCACUAAAUGCAUGUAACUGAGAAUGGC